CGUGGUGAAUGAACACGGCGUCUCCCGCUGCUGCAGUCGUCAUGUGAAAACUUCUCAUUCACUCGGGGUCCGUGCCCGGCGGAUAUACGUUGGCCGACCUUCUGUGCUGUGACAACAAUCGCACUGCACACCCGAGUCAAUCACCAACUUCUUUCAACAUUCCAUCGGAGUGCGGCGCGCACUACACGCUGCGGUUCCUCACUUCUGGCGCGCAGACAGGAGUUGACUCGACAUCCCAUUUCGCAACACUGAUCGGCACCUUGUAUCUUGGCUACCUCGAGCCAGGGACGGAGAGAUGGAAGAGGACGACAGAGCACCUAGCUCGCCUCGAGCAGGUGACAGCUUCGAAGAUGAUGCGGGCGCACCAGUCAUGUCCUCACCAGGCGGCGUGGACAUGGAUGAUGGCGACAAAGCCCCUGGCUCCCCUCGAACAGGCGACAGGUUCGAAGACGACGCCGGCGCCCCUGUUGUGUCCUCACCAGGCGGCAUGGACAUGGAUGACCUCGAGUGGACGUUUCCCUCCCCAAGCGUGUUCCACUUGCCCGCCACCAGCCUGACGCUCCGCGACGAUGCGAUCAUGUGUGCAUGCCCAUCCGAGGUGCGACGUGAUACAAAAGAUAUCGCGAAGAUCCAGACUGGGAGCACUUUCACCUGGAUCCACGUUCCCUGCAAACCACUACUGGCGCAGGUGUCUGAAGCAAGCACAGCAAUGGCGAACAUGAUCCUCGACCGCGCAGCACAGUCCACUGGAGACACUGACGAUAUGCAAACACUCCCCGAAAAGUUGUUGGCUACCACACUUGGGCCAAACAAGACACAGCAGCAGCUGCAAAAGGUUCGAAACCUCACCUCGACAUUCAGAUGCGAUGGCCCAUGUCGUGGCUCGACCGAUUACAACGACUACUACUGGUGUCAGGAGUGCUAUGGCUGGCAGCACAAGCCUUGCAUGCUCUUCGGAGACGGCGACGUUGGGCGUCCAGUCUGCAACGUGUGCUAUAACAACGCAAUGGCCCACAAAGAAGAGAUUGAACGCUGGCAGAAGAAGAGAUUGGCUCAGGCAGGGCUCGAGGCAUUACGCUUCAUUCGUGAUCCAGAGAACGCAGACAAUGAGGCGGGUCUCGCUUUCGCGCGCAACUUCCUCGGGAGUCUUGUUUCCAAGAAUCGAAACAACUUCCUCCAAUUUGUCGUCAACCGCCGCCGUGUCAUUCGUUGGCUCAAAGCUCGCCGUGAUCUGAAGCAACCUACCUAUGGCAAUGCGACUCGCCUUCCCGCUAUCGAAGGCAACCCAGACGAGGUCUACGACCCAGCGGCGCUGUUUGCUCCAGCAGCCCCGCGACGCCGUAAGAGACGCGCGAGCGUAGGGUCAGCAGCUACCGGUGAGGAUCACGAUGAGCACUCGGACUUCGAGGACACUAUCGUCGUGGGGAGUGCGAAGGCCGCGCGCAAGAAGACAGCAUCGCGUAAGGCUAAGGCUAAGCCAGCUGCUCCUCUUGAGCCACUUGUGUCUGAAUUGACUGCAGAGGAUGAAGCUCGAAACGAGAUGAUGAGAAAGAUCGCUGAGCGCAAGGCCCGCAAGAAGGCUGCGGCUUCUGCUGCGGUCGGGGCCGAAGACUCGCCCGGAGAGCCACCAGCAAAGCGAGCAAGACGAGCGACUCUGCCACAACAGAACGAGUUCAAUGCCGGUGAUGAAGAUUUCUCAGAUCUCGGUAUUAAUACAAGCAGGCAGACGUCGCGUGCGCCCCGCAAGUCUGCGCCAUCCGCUGGCUGGAGCCGUGGGUUCGAUGAUGAAGAGCCAGAGCCUGCACCCAAGACACGCGCCAAAGGCAAAGGCAAGCAGCGACAGGCGAUCGAAAUCGACAGUGCAGACGAAGAAGAGCAGCCUGCUCGGCGACCUUCUCGCAGCAGAGCCCAGCGUGGCGAUGCGGGCCAGGAGCGGCGUCAAAACGAGCAGUCCAAGAUCAUGUGCAGCUGCAUCGAUGUGGCACCAGACUCCAACCGCUUCAAAUGUCGUGGUUGCGACUUCUACCAGCACGUUGCUUGUGCGCCUGUUCAAAGCAAGAAAGAGAAGUUGUGCAAGCUGUGUGUGGGUAGUGGAGUCGUCGCACGCCCUCCAUCUGACGCCCUAACAUCGACUGAGGCCCGUCCGUUGAGCUCGAGGUUUUCUGGCGCUCCAGGCUCAAGCACAUUGCGCGCUCCGUCGCUUGCAGGACCUCCGAUGAUCCAAGCAGAGCCAAAGAACGAGCCACUCGGCGCAGACAUGCAAGGCGAAGUACGCACUCUCUGCUCCACCGUCCUGUGGAACGCCUACUGCGCCCUCCAAGAUCCCAAUGACCCAUCCGAUCACAUGAACACCAACAGAGCAAAGACCGCUCCAUCCUCCGACUGGUCCGCCGAAGCCGAGAAGCGUCUGACGCUCAUUUUCGAGGCUGCCGGUAAGGGAAAAGUCGAAGAAUACUUGGUUCACGCAUUAGGCUUUCCACGCAAUCAAGUCAACAUCAUGAAAGCUUUGCGAGACUUUGGCAUGUGGGCGCGCAGCUCAGGCCCCUUUCGCCGUUCGAGGAAGGAUUUGGGUCUUCUCAAUGAGAUCUUGGGGUUUGUCGACAAGGGCACGUACUGGCAGGAGAAAGAUGAGGCAUAGGUUGAGAAGAUGAUGCAUAGGACGAGAAGAUGAGAAGCCUAGGAUGAGAAGACGGAGAGGCACUGCUGUGAGUUGUCGAAAUCCUGAACAGGACGACACAUUCACUCAUCAGGUCAUUACACCACUUGUUUGACUACUGUACGCUGAAGCUGAUGAGCCCUAGUUCUGCUGGUUAAGCUAUUACGCGGCUCGCUUUGGUUACGAUACAUACGAUGGGUUUUGGAAACUAUGCGGGUAUUGAAUGAACAUGGAACGAAGUGCGAUAUGAUUCUCGCAAAGCAUAGCGAGCUAGCAACUUCGGAAG